UGACACUCACAAUAUGGCGGACAAGCUAACGUGUCGUUUCUACAAGGUGUCGCAGUCGAUUUGUUUACGAUAGAGGGCGCUGUCGCUAACAGAGUGAAAAAACAGUCAAACAACAGCUGGCGGUUAGCAAGCGCCACGGAGCGGGACUCUUGAAAUUAUUAACAGUUUGCCAGACUUUUUUAAGGUAUUUCAGCUAUGAAUAGUCAGACAGAAAUAAAUAUGUGAUUAGUUCAAAAGAUGCCUAGCCAAAACAAUACAGUAAUGGGUUUAUUUUUGCUUCAAACUGACGUUUAAGAAUUAAUUCUCGAGAUGAAACUGAACGCUUAGUUCGUCGUCUAACAGUCUCUCAGUAUUUUGGACGCUAACUAGCUAAGAAACGAAGAACAGCCACUGCAAAGUGGGCACUAUGCCUCCUAAGAAGCAGCAGCUGAAGCCGACAGCAGCCAACGUCUCCAGCUCACUGGACCUGGAGUCUGAGGACCUCAGCCUGGAGACAACGGUGCCUACCACCGAGGAUGUGUCUUCGUCCGACGAGCAACGCAACGGCUCCCAGAAGGUGACCCGCCAGCUGAUCGAGAGGAAGGAGCUGCUGCACACCCUCCAGCUGCUGAAAAUAGAACUUUCUCAAAAGAACCUCAUCAUAGACAACAUGAAGGCUGACCACAUGUCAAAGGUCGAGGAACUGGAGGAAAAGCUAAAUGACGUCAUACAUCAAAAACAAGUGUUGUCCCUUAAACUGGACAGCCAGCUUAAGCUCACACAAGAAGAAAACAAGAAGCAGCAGGCUCUGCGCAAGCAGGAGAUGGAGACCAUCCUGCUGAGGCAGCAGCAGCUGGAGGAGACGAACCGCCAGCUGUGUGAGAAGGCCGGAGAGCUGCGGCGGUCUCUCCGAGAUCUGGACAUUCCCCAGGACCGCUACCAGGAGCUCCGCGGCGUGCCCGACGACAGAAUCAGCAUCCAGGAAUAUGUAGCCAUGCGUUUCUAUGAGGCUGUGACUCCUCUCCGCUCUCAACUGGCUCAGCUCGGUGAGCAGAGGAGCUACCUGGCCGAGGAGCUGGACGUACACAGAAACAAGAUGAAGCUUUUGAUGGAGAGCUACGAGGAAGAGCGGCGGCUGCGCUCUGAGCUGGAGCUGAGGAGCCAGAGGCUGACCUUAGAGCUGGCCGACACCAAGCAGAACAUCCAGCAGGGCGACUAUCGCAGAGAGAACUACCCAAAUAUCAAGCGGGAGCGCGAUAACUUUGAAAUGGAGCUGAAGGAGUUGAAGAGGAAGUUUGAGACGGUGGACUUGUCUCAAGCUGCGCUGACCAGAGAACGGGACACACUGAGCAAUGAGGUGGCGACAUUGCAGCAGUCAGUGACUCUCCUGCAGAAGGACAAGGAGUACCUGAACAGGCAAAACAUGGAGCUCAGCAUCCGCUGUGCACACCAAGAAGAUCGCGUAGACAGACUGCAGGUACAACUGGAAGAUACGAAGAAAGCCAGGGAGAACACGUAUGAAAAAUAUGUAGCAUCCAGAGACUACUAUAAGUCAGAAUACGAGAAGAAGCUCAGAGAGGAGUUGGAGAACAUCAGACUGAAAACCAGUCAGGAGAUCGAGAACCUGCAGAGAAGCUCCAGAGAACUGUACGAGAGGGAGAACAGGAAUUUGCGCGAAGCCAGAGACAAUGCAGUCCUGGAGAAAGACCGAGCCGCCGCCGCCGAGAAGGACGCUCAGGCGAGAUACGACCAGCUGCUGGAGCAGUUUCGUCAGCUCCAGCUGGGCACUGACAGCCGGGUGGCGGAGCUGUCCAACCAGGCCAAGCUGCACUCCUUCGAAGCCGAGCGCGCUCACUUGCUCAAGGAGGAGACGGCGAAGGCGCUAGCUCAGUGCCAGGUGGAGUGUGAGAAACAGCAGAAGAAGCUUGAGUUAUUGACUCAAGAGUUUUACAGGCUCCAAACGUCGUCCGAGAAGCGGGUGGCGGAGCUUCAAGCCCAGAAUGCCGAGCAGGCGUCCCGACUGGAGACAUACGAGAAACUGGAGCAAGAGUUGGACCAGGUUACCAUGCAGGCGGCUGAAAUUGAGAAUGAGGAGGAGGCAGAGAGAGUUCUGUUCUCAUAUGGAUACGGCGCAAAUGUUCCCACAACGGCCAAAAGAAGACUGAAGCAAAGCGUUCAUCUGGCUCGCCGGGUGCUGCAACUCGAGAGGCAGAACACCUCACUGAGGAGGGACCUGGACAGACACCAGAACCAGACAGGGCAGAUGUCUCAGGAGCUGUCUGCGGCCAACCAGCUGCUGCAGCAGACUCAGCAGCCUUACAGCUUCCUGAUCGAGACGGUGAGAGAAAAGGAUGCGGCGAUCAGGGUGCUGAGGGAGCGCGUCUCCUCUCUCGAGGACGACGUCAGUUCUUUGAGGAAAGAGCGAAAUGCUUUGCAGCAAGUGAAGAAUGACAUGUCAGCCGACCUGGAGCGCCUUCUCAACAAUAAAGAGCUGGAUAGUGGAAAUACUCAUCCUUACCAUUUGUGGGAAAAUUACGCUAUUCAAGGCCAAAGCCUACUAACACAGUGAAUGUGUUUUUUUUGUUUGAUUCCCGGUUUGUUCUGUUGAAAAAAACACCAGAAGUUUGGUAGAAACAGUAAAGUUUGGUGGUUAUAUACACAAACAGAUUCAUAUCUGUCACAUAUCCAACACCCCAUGCGCUUCACUUGUCAAUUUCGAGGACAAAGAUCCUGCAAGCGUACAUGAACACAUAAAAAAAAAGAAGUCCUUUAAUCGUCAGAAUAAAUGUGUAACAGGAGUGAAUGAAUGAGUGAGUUUCUGCAGUAGAGGAAGAAAGCGGUGCUGUCGCUCUGUACUCCUAACUGCCCUGAUUUAUAUCUGUUAUGCAGUAAAUUUGUUCAUAAUUGCUUAAUUCAAUCAAAUUAUGGCCAGUAUAAUCACUCUUUAAAUAGGAUUUAAAUCAAUGGUUAAUCGUAGUGAAAUAUUUCUACUCUGCAAUCUACUGUUUCUUGUUUUACUUGAGGUAAUGGUUCAACAGUCCAGGAGAAAUUUAUUGGGUCAUCAUCUAAAUGUGAGAAAAUCACAUAAAAGUUAAUAGGUUAAAUAGUAAUUUGAUCCACCAACACAAUUAAAUAACAUUCUUUCAUGGACAUGUUUAGUAACUGAAUGUACGCAAGCUAUGGCAGGCUAACUGUAUCAGAUGUCUGUGUUUUGCGAUUUUUAAAAAAUUAUUAUUAUUAUUUACAGGUUACACGCCUCCACUAAUAUUUUGUUCAAUUUCUUGUAAAGCUCAAGCAAAUGCUCUUCUUGAUGAACAAUCUUCCUGUUGUGGUUCUGGAUGGUUAUUCAUUCUCAUUGACAGAACUGACAUAGUUCAUUCACACACUGGUUCGAUUUUAUACCAAAUUCACAGCUUUCAAGCACAAUUUUAAAACUUUAGGUUGUGUUUCAUAAAGGUUAUUGUAGGUGUUUCAAGUUAGCCUAUUUUCAUCUUUUUCAAAACCUGUUUGUAUGUUUUGGAUUCCUAUCUUGUUGUAGCAAACUUGACCAGACCUUUGACCUUUUAUCUAAAACAACUUAAUCUUUUUUUUAAAAUAAAUACAUCAAAUAUUUUAUACAUACAGUGUAAGAGUGACUUCACUAAACUUUUUUUGUUUUAAACAGAAAGAACAUCGCACAUUUAAACAACAAUUUGUGUGGAAAAAGAUAUUAAUAAUUGACCAAGUGGUUAGAUAUUAUCAAGUUUCAUUUUAUCAGCUAAUUGAUAAGCUUGACUAAUUUUUCUUUUUUAUCACACUGUGUG